AUGUCGAGAGUACUCACCAUCGGACACCGCGGCAUGGGCUGCAGCAUCCCCGGUACGCUGGCGCUGUACCCCGAAAAUGCGCUGAGCUCCUUCCGCGAGGCCUUGCGCCUCGGCGUCCAGGGCGUCGAGCUGGACGUAUUUUUGUCGUGCAAUAAUGAGCUUCUGGUCAUCCACGGCCACCAUGCGAAGGCCAGCCUGUGUCUCACGGCGCUCAGACGUGACGCCUCCUCGGGCGCGCAGCGCUUUGGCCUCGAGGAGACCGUGGAAAAAUGCGACAUUCGCGCGUCUGACCUGUUGCUGAGGAAGCCGUGGCGCGUGCUGAACCAGGAUGAGAGCGUCGAGAGCGUGCUGGAGAAGCACCGCAGCGACGUCGACGCGUCCUUCCAGUCGUACAUGGAGAAGAUGGAUGUGUGGGAGGGCGAAUACGUGCCGACGCUGGAACAGGUCUUCCAGGAGUUCGGCGACAAGCUGAUAUACAACAUCGAGCUCAAGGGCACCAGGCCCGAGAUCGGUGAGCAUGUGCUCAACCUGGUGGAGCGGUACCCGCAGAUAAAGGUGAUCAUUUCCUCCCUGAACUGGUUGCCCCCGGAGCUCAGUCCCGACUCGCCGUACGGGGAAUACGACAUCGAAAGGCUGCCAAAUGGCAAAGUACCGGCCGACCUCUUGCGACCCCUGAUCAACAACAGGCUCGGCUUGCCCAUCGGGCUGCUCUUCAACAACGAGCGCUCCGACCUGCCCAGCAUUGGCCGCAUUUUGGAGUGCGCCAAGACCUUCGGCGCCCAGUGGAUCAUUGUUGCGCACGACAUCUGGAAGUCUGCGCUGCCCAUCGUAGGCUGCGCGAAGACGGGUAUCGAGACGCUCCACCACCUCGUCAGCGAAAUGCGUAGCAACGGGCUCAAGUUGAUGACCUACUUCCUGGAAUCCCAGCCGGACGCCCCGGAGGACCUCAGGCUGCAUGUCGAGGCCGGCGUGGAUGCCAUCUGCCCGAACGACAUAGAAGUCGCCCUCGAUAUCAUUAAAAAAAGCUGCACCUCCAAAAACUAA